AUGUAUUUCACCCUGAAGACUACACUCAUCCUUGCCAUCCUCUUUAUGUUCAUCCAUCUAAUGUUUUGGUUAGAUUUUAUUACUGGGAAUACACUUAGACCUCCUGAUGACUCACCUCUAUCUAGACAGUGGCAACGAUGCAAUGAUCUCACUGUUUCAUGGUUAACUAAUUCUCUCACAAGAGACAUUUCUAGAAGUGUGGAGUACUCUGAAUUUGCUAAAGACAUUUGGAAUGAGUUAGAAGAGAGAUAUGGGAAGACAGAUGGUGCUAAAAAAAUUUAUUUGAAAAAGAAACUUGCACACAUUUCCCAAGGGUCUUUGGAUAGUGCUUCAUGGUCUUUGGACAUUGCUGCAUACUUUAACAAGAUUAAACAACUUUGGGAUGAAAUUUGUUCCUUAUCUGCAAGUCAUUUGCCUGUGUGCACUUGUGGUGGUAAUAAAAAGGCUGAGGAGGAAUAA